AUGUCCCUGCUCGGCUCUCCCCCAACCCUUCCCCCAAACCCUCCCCGCUCCCCCCUCCCUCCCAACCGGCCAGACACCAUCAUCUCGUGGACGGAUCCCGAGGUGGCGACGGACCUGGCGCUCAGCUUCCAGGAGAGCAUGGGCUGUGCUUAUAUCUGGGAUCAAAUCUGCAACGUGCAGCGCCAGAUCCAGCUGCCCUCCGUCCUGGCAGCGGAGGUGGGCAAAGACUCAUCGGAGCUGCCAGCAGUGGAGACCCGCACCCUGCCAGCCAUCGCUAAGCUGGUGACGGACGUGUCCCCCUUCCACCGGGACCGAAUGGCGUCCCUUAUCCUCCGCGAGGGCUACGUGCAGCGGCUGGUGGCGCUGUUCAGGGCGAGUGAGGGAGCACACGACACCCCCGCACUGCACCACCUCUACCGCGUCUUUAAAGGCCUCGUGUUGCUGAAUGAUUCGCAGCUGUUGGAGCAGCUGUUUGCACCGGAUGCCAUCAUGGACGUCAUUGGCGCGCUUGAGUACGACCCGGACGUGCCGUGCAGGCAGCAGCACCGUGCGAGUGUGCAGCAGCAGGCGGUGUACCGCGAGGCCCUCCCCAUCCCCAGCGCCGCCCUGCUCGCCAAGAUCCACCAGACGUACCGCCUCGGGUACAUCAAGGAUGUGAUUCUACCGAGGGCCCUUGACGACCAGACGUUCAGCAGCAUCAACUCGCUCAUUCUCUUCAACAACGUCGAGGUGGUGACGACACUACACAGCAGCAAGCCCUUCCUGGCGGACCUCUUUGCCCGCCUGCGCACCUCUGACCCCCACUCGCCCCAAUUCACCGACCUUGUGCGGUUUCUGCAGGAGUUCUGCUCGCUGCACAAGCACCUGCAACUCGCCCAACGCACCUCCUUCUUCAGUGCGCUGAUAGCGUUGGGCCUCUUUGACGUGUGCACACUCGUCAUGCAACACCCCCUGCACUCCGUGCGCCUCUCAGGAAUCGACAUACUCAUGUCGCUGAUGGUGCCAGACCCCGCCCCUCUGCGCACGUUCCUCGUGGAGCAACCCUCUCACGCCCUCCUCUCCUGCCUCGUGCGCGGUAUGGUGGCGUGCAGGCAGGCGGAAGGAGGGCUGCACGCACAGCUGCUGGAGAUGCUGAGAGUGCUGCUGGACCCCGAUACCAUGGACGCGGCCGACAAGAGCAAGUUUCUGGAUCUCUUUUACGAGGACUAUCUCCAGCUGCUCAUCUCAGCCGUUGUUGCCGGCACCAGCGCAUCUCAGCCGUCCACGUGCCCCUCUGCUGCCCGAAAUUCCACCGGGGCUAUGAAGAAGAGGCGGGCAGCACAGGGGAGAGCAGAUGGUGGGGCGAGUGGGAGAGUAGAUAGAGAAGCGGGGAGGGGAGCAGGAGGCAGGGGUGAUGAUGCAGAACCAGCAGAGAGGGAUGGAGCAGAAGGACGGGAAGCAGAGAGAGGGGGAGGGAGGGGAGGAGGAGCAAGGGGUGAAGAGCAGGGGGGGACAGAGGGCGAGGAAAGGCGGGGCGGAGAGGGGGGCGGCGGUGGGCAGGGCGAGGAGCCCCCUUCACCAGACGUGCUGACGAGCAUAUGUGACCUGCUCUGCUUCUGCGUGCAGCACCACAGCUUCCGAAUGAAGUACUACGUGUUGCGCAACAGCGUGGCAGAGAAGGUGCUGCGGCUGACGCAGCGGCGAGAGAAGUACCUCUCUGUGGCCGCCAUCCGCUUCCUGCGCUGUUGUGUCGCGCUCAAGGACGACUUCUACGUGCGCUAUCUGGUGAAGAACCGCCUGCUGGACCCGGUCAUGGCGGCCUUCCGAGCCAACGGGGCGCGCUACAACCUCCUCAACUCCGCCGUGCUGGAACUCAUUGACUUCGUGCGCAAGGAGAACGUGAGGCCGCUAGUGGCGUACAUAGUGGAGUCGUAUGGCUCGUGGCUUGACUGCAUUGACUACGUUGACUCCUUCAAGCUGCUGCGACUCAAAUACGAACAGAACCUCGAGUCCAACAGACCAGCUGUGCCUCCCCCAGUCGUCAUCCUCCCCCCUUCCACCUCCCACCACCACACUCACCACCACCAUCACCACCCGCACCAGCACCACCACCAUCAGCAGCAGCAGCACCCGCCCUCCUCUCCUCCCACAUCUCCUCCCUUUCCCUCUGCCGCGGCAGGCGCGGAACGACAUGAUAACGACGCUGCUGUUGAUGCUGUCGAUACGCAUGCGCAAGUUGGCAGGUGGGAUCUUGCCUUUCUGCCGUGCAUCCUCUUUCCCUGUGCUCUUUCUUCACCAUCGCAAUCACCCUUUUUUGUCUGCUGUCGCCCACAUGCCUUUCCGCCGUUUCUCCCUUCUGCUGCCAUCCCCACCACUGCCAGUGAUGAGGAUGGCGACAACCCCGAGUCUGCACCAGCAACGGUGCCGGGAACCCACUCCCCCCCUCUCCACCCGCCCCACCUAUCCCACCUGCCCAUUCCCCUGCCCUCCCUCCACCACCCUCCUCGCCUCCACCCCCGGUUACCCCCGCACCAACCCCUCUCCCCCACCGCCCGCCGGCCGUUCUCCCGCUCGCCCUCUCCCCCUCUCGGGCGGCCGUCUUUGUCUCCACCCGCCCGCCCGUUGUCCCCAUCUGCCCGCCACCGCAUGUCACGGUCGCCCUCGCCGCCCCCACCACUGCCCCCACUGCCGCCCAUCAACGGCACCAUCGGCAGCGAGUCUCGCAGGAAGCGGCCGCGUGGGUGCAUGGACUCAACUGCAGCGCAGGCAGAAACCGGGGCGGAUGGAAGGGGGGAGAGUGGGUGUGAGCAGGGAGGGGAAAGCAGUGAAGUGGCAGAAGGGGCAAGCAAGGGCAGGGCGGCAGAGGGAGGGGAGCCGGGGCCUAGCAGCAAGGCACUUGGCAAGAAGGCACUGUGCAUGAGAAAACGUUUCCUGCAGGUGCGCACACAGGAUAGCACCACUGCGGCGCCUCUGGGGGAGGUGGCACCUGGGGGAGGGGCGCCCAAGGGAAGAGGACGGGCGCAGGAAAGGGAGGAGCCGACUCUUGGUGUGUGCUCCCCUCGCCCUGUGCUCUGUGACCCGUGGCAGAGUGCGAGGGGGAAGGGGCGAGAGAGGACAGGGAGUGGGGAGGGGGAUGAGGGCGAUGGUGGCGAUGGUGGUGAGGAUGGUGAGUGGGCUGUAAGACUGGCUAUGGCAGAGGAGGAGGAGGAGAGACGGCAGGGGGAUGGGGGUGAUGGGGGUGGUAGCAAGGGUGGAGGGAGUGAGGGAGCGAGGGGAGGUGGAGGUGUGGACGGUGAGUGUGCAGGCAAUGAGGCAGCAUGCGGGGAUAGCGAUGUGGGGGGAAAGGGUGGUAGAGAUGCAGAGGAAGGAGGGGAAGACAUGGAUGGGGCUGGAAGGGGGGAGGUAGAGGGCCAGGAGGAGGAGAAAACACACGGGGAGAAUGCAGGCAGUGGUGCGAUGAGCAUUGCAGAUGAGGCAGGUGGGGCAGAAGGCACAGGCGGAGCAGGAGGGGCAGAUGCACGGACAGCAGCAGCGGGAGGUGCACAAGGUGCGGCAAGAUCGGUGGUUGAGGCGUUGAGGUAG